AUGAACGUUAUUUUAGGUGCCACGGAAGAGCAAGGUGAUGAGAAUACGCAACUACGGACUCAUAAGAAAGCGCAGAAUACACCAAGUGCACCGUUGCAUAGUUCUGAAGAUUUCAAUGGUCAAACGAGUCCGGACGACGAUGUGAUGACAGCUGAAAGCCAGAACAUUCCACUUAUGCGAGUUGUGAUGUCCAAAAAGCAGACCAAACGAAAAAAUAACAAAGUGUUGAAAGAAGGCUGGGUGGUGCAUUAUACGAACCAAAUGAAUAUGGUAGGACUUCUCUCUUUUUCCUUUCCUUUUUGUGAUUUUUUCGACGGUCAUAUUUUUUCUCAAAUGUUGUAAAU